AUGGACCCGUCUCGCGUCAACAACACAAACGGCGAAAGCAACGGACGUGAAACCACGGAGGAGAAUCAAACUCCGGCGAAUCGACGAGGUGCGUCUCAGCAGCCGCAACCUUCUCAGCCUCAACCCAUCACUCCGCGUUCUAUAUUCGCGAGUGCUGCUGCUGCUGAGCUGAAAGCCCUAGAAUCCUCUUUUGGUUCUCUCUCCUUUUCCGGUUCAAGAAGUGUUCCUCACCAGAAUCAGUUUCUUGCUAACCGUUGGACCAAUGGAUCCUCUUCCUCCUCGUCGCCACUCAACGGCGGCGCUGGUGAUGUGCAUCACUCUUCAGGGCCAUCGGGUUUCAAUUACUAUUAUGAACAGGAUUUUGCUUAUGAAGGGCCAUUGGUUUACCAAAACGGAAACGGAACCUACUCAAAAUAUUCUCAUUGGGCUUCCGACAAUAAUGGGUUUGGUUCGGUUAUGAGCAACAGUUCUUGGAGGAGGAACCAAGGCUCCUUGAACAAUUCUCAUUCUUUUGGAAACCCUAGAAUGAGAUCGAUUGCUUCUCUUGCUAAAGACCAGGGUUCGAGUGUUGAUGUGCAGAGGAAGAUCUCUGAGGGUUCCAAGGAGACGAUUGAUUUGAUUUUCGAGGGUGUAAUCUUUCACUUCUGUGAGUUGAUGGUUGACCCUUAUGGUCAUAAAGUUCUCAGUGAUCUUAUGGUGAGAUGCAGCUCUGAACAGAUCUCUCGGAUUGUUGAUCUCAUCACUCAGCGACAGUUUCGUUUUGUUAACAUUUGCACUGAUCCUGUCGGAGCAAUUUCGGUUAAGUCGCUGUUGAGGUGUCUUCAAUCUGAGGAACAAAUCUUGCGGGUCGUGAGAGCUGUCAGCUUGGGAGCAAUUGCACUUACAAAGAGCAGCAAUGCACUUGUGAUUCUCCAAUGCUUCAAGCAGUUUCAUCCCUCGCAUACUACGGAUCUUCUAGCGGUUAUCGCUGAAAACUGUUACGCGAUAGCAACUGAUGAAUAUGGCUGCCGAAUGCUUCAGCAAUGUCUCGACACUGGUUGUAACGUUGUAAAACAACGAUUGAUUCAGGAGAUAAUCGCUAACGCGUUGAGACUCUGCGUUAACUCCUACGGAAACUACGUGGUGCAGUAUCUAGUGGAGCUCGGUGAUCCAAAUGUAACAAUUCCUCUCAUAAGACAGCUGCUAGGGAGCUACUCCUUGCUCGCCCGUAACAAAUUUGCAAGUCAUGUUGUGCAAAAGUUCUUGAAAAUAGAGUAUAUCGACCCUAGCUUGAUCGUGGUCGACUUGCUUAGAGAUAUUGAUACACUUCUUCUUGACCCGUUUGGAAACUAUGUCAUUCAAACGGCAUGGAUGGUCUGUAAGGACGAUUUGCGCAUGAUCUUGAUGGGGCAUAUUAAUCGUAAUAAACGAUUGAUGAGGUGCAACAUGUAUGGGAACAAGGUUCUGGAGAGACUCAAUCUCUAG